AUGACGGCAGCAGCGGCAGCAGAUCCGCGCCUUGAGGCGCUGGUAGACGACGCUGUGGUGUGGGCCAGCCAGCACGGUCUGGUCGUGGGACUGGGCGGCGUGCCUGCCUGCGCGCUGGUGCACGCGCCCCUGUCGGUGCUGCCUGUCGCCUUCCCAGAGGAUCGUUUCAACCUGGCGGUGUCGUGCAUGCCACUGUUCAGCACGUUGAUCGACAAGGUGGCGCGGGAUGAGGAAUACCUCCAACAAACCCUGGAGCAGGCCGCGGGGUUUGACGAGUUCACCAGGCGGCUGCUGCGGCUGCUGCGGGACAGCCGCGCCGCGCGGCGGCGGCUGGCGGGGCGGGAGGUAGUGCUGGGGGUGCACCGCUCAGACUACAUGCUCGACGCGCCCAGUGGGGGGUUCUUGCAGGUGGAGCUCAACACCAUCGCGUCGUCGUUUGCCUGCCUCAGCACCAUCACCAGCCGCCUCCACGCCCACAUCCUCGGCCGCGCCGCCGCCGCCGCCGCCGCCGCCGAGCUGGCCGCGCGCCUGCCGCCGAACGACGCGAUGGCGCGCAUCUCGGCGGCGAUGGCGGCGGCGGCGGGCGCGGCGGGGGGCGGUGACGUCAUCAUGGUCGUCCAGCCGGGCGAGAGGAACGCGUACGACCAGCAGUGGCUGCAGCAGACGCUGUGGGAGGCGCACGGUAUAAGGACCGUGCGCCUGACGCUCGCGCAGAUCGCGGAGCGGUGCAGCGUGGACGGCGACACGGGGGAGCUGAAGAUUGGUGGCGGCGGCAGCGGCAGCGGGCAGAGGGUGGGGCUCGUGUAUUUCCGCUUUGCGGUCUCCCUCUUGACUCACAACAUCUCCAAAUGCCCUCCACCUAGCGCGUGA